CUCUCAUCAUUGUUCUGUUGGGGGUGGUGAUAUCUACAGUUGCCCUUAUUUAUCCUAUCUGCAUUCUAAUUACCGGCAAAAGUACCUCUGAACCUGAUUCACGAAGAACAUAUACUCUACAGAAUUACUUGAACAAUGACUAUAAGUACAGAACACAUAAUUUGCAAUGGAUUUCAGGAAAUCAGUAUCUUCACAAAACAGCUAAUGGAGAUGUCCUACGUAUCAAUGCUGACACCGGAACAUCCUCAGUAAUCUUGGCGAAUACAACAUUAGAUAAAUACAAGGCAACUACAGUUAUAUUGUCUCCUGACCAAAAGUUUGCUCUUCUGCAGUACAGCUAUACAAAGUUGUGGAGGCAUUCCUAUACAGCUUCAUACCACAUCUAUGAUUUCAAUAGCAGUUCUAUCUUAGUUGAUGGACUACUGCCUAAUGACACGCAAUAUAUAUCCUGGUCACCUGUUGGUCACAAACUGGCUUAUGUUAGCAAUAAUAAUGUUUAUGUAAAAGCUUCACCAACAGCAGAACAUGUGCAAAUCACUAAUAACGGAGAAGAAAAUAAAAUUUUCAAUGGAAUACCAGAUUGGGUUUAUGAAGAGGAGAUGUUUGGCAGCCAUUCUGCUCUGUGGUGGUCUCCAAAUGGCGAUUUUGUGGCAUAUGCAGCAUUUAAUGAUACAGAAGUUCCGGUUAUAGAGUAUUCUUUUUAUUCUGAGGACACCUUGCAGUAUCCAAAGACCGUUAGACUCCCGUAUCCCAAGGCAGGAGCUACAAAUCCAACUGUGCAAUUCUUUAUUGUGGAUACCAGAUCACUACCUGCUUUCCGCUCUGCUGAAAUUUCUCCACCUGCAGAAAUAAAAUCGGGGGAUCAUUAUUUGAGUGUUGUAACAUGGGUGACAGAUGAAAGGAUCUGUCUGCAAUGGCUGAGAAGAAUUCAGAAUUUUUCAGUCCUCACAGUCUGUGACUUUGAAAAUGCUACUGGAAAUUGGUUGUGUCCACAGGAAAAACAACGUACGGAAGAAAGUACAACUGGCUGGAUUGGCAGAUUUCAGCCAUCUGUCCCUCACUUUGCACCCGACAAUGCUACCUACUACAAAGUCUUCAGCAAUAAAGAAGGUUACAAGCACAUCCAUUACAUAAAUGGCUCACAGGUUCCAGUAUCUAUUACUGCAGGAAAAUGGGAAGUAAUCAGCAUAGAAGCUGUAACCAACAACUUUUUAUACUACAUUAGUAAUGAAAACGGUGGAAUGCCAGGAGGAAGAAAUCUUUAUAAAGUGCUCUUGGAAAGCAGUCCAAAUUCUACUAAAUGUGUUAGCUGUGAUCUGAAUCAAGAAAGAUGCCAGUAUUAUUCUGUGUCCUUCAGCAAAGACGCACAAUAUUAUCAGUUAGAUUGUCGUGGUCCUGGCCUGCCCGUAUCUACUCUGCACAGAAGCAGGGAUGAUCAAGUCCUCAGAUAUUUGGAAAAUAACACUGAACUGGAGAAUUCAUUGAAAGAUAUUCAGAUGCCUUCAAAAAAAAUUGGCUCAAUUAGUGUAGGUGGAUACAACCUGUGGUAUCAAAUGAUAUUGCCUCCCCAUUUCGAUUCAUCAAAGAAGUACCCUCUGCUCCUUGAUGUGUAUGCAGGACCCUGCAGUCAGAAAGUAGAUUACACCUUCCGGAUCAGCUGGGCUACGUACCUUGCAAGCACCGAGCAGAUCAUUGUAGCCAGCUUCGAUGGCAGAGGAAGUGGAUACCAAGGGGAUGAAAUUAUGCAUGCAAUAAACCGAAGGCUGGGAACAUAUGAAGUGGAAGAUCAGAUAGAAGCAGCCAGAAAAUUUUCUGAAAUGAGCUUUGUUGAUAAGGACCGGAUAGCUAUUUGGGGUUGGUCUUACGGGGGAUACGUGACCUCCAUGGUGCUUGGCUCUGGAAGCGGCGUGUUCAAGUGUGGAAUAGCAGUUGCACCCGUGUCACGCUGGCAAUAUUAUGAUUCAAUAUACACGGAGCGAUACAUGGGCCUUCCUAUAGCAAGUGAUAAUCUGAACAACUAUAAUAGUUCAACAGUAAUGGCCAGAGCUGAAAAAUUCAAGGAAGUUGAGUAUCUUCUUAUUCACGGAACAGCAGAUGAUAAUGUUCACUUUCAGCAAGCAGCGCAGAUUUCCAAAGCUCUCGUUGACGCUGAAGUGGAUUUUCAGGCAAUGUGGUAUACCGACAAAGACCAUGCCAUCGCUGGUCAAGCACAUAAGCAUAUUUAUACCCAUAUGAGCCAUUUCAUAAAGCAGUGUUUCUCACUGCCCUAGCACCAGCAUUUUGGUUGUUAGUGAUGGUACCACUCCAUAAAACUCUCUAGCCAAUGUAUACUGAGCCACUACAAACUUCUGUGAAUCAAGAUG